AUUUGACGUAAUUGGCGGGGUACACUGUCACGUGUAGGCUAAAACAAAGCUUGGUAGUUCCUGCCUAGGUCGGAAAGCUAGUCGAUCGCGUCGCGUAGUCGACGAGCAACAUCGAAAACUUCCCAAACAACGCGUAACAUGUCUGAUUUGGGUUCCAAGUCACCUUCCGAGGGAGCUAUAUCGCACAAACUUCGCGAUGUUGUCAGUGCAAUCUACCAGGCCGGCAACUUGGACGACCUGACUAUAAAACGCGUGCGCGCGCGUGCGGAGGAAGAGCUGGGCCUGGCCACUGGCCUCCUCAAGAGCUCGGAGUGGAAGCAAAAGAGUCAAGAGACUAUUCAUGAGGCUGUGGACAAGUAUCGUACCGAGAACCCAGAGCCAGCGAUUUCGCCAAAGCCUGCUACCACGAAGAAGGCUGCCGAUAAGCCUAAAGUCAAGCCAGCAAAGAAGAAGACCGCCAAACCAAAGACGGAAAGUACGCAAGGUGUAAAGCGAAAAGCUGUAGUACCGGCAAAGAAGACUCAGAAGCGACAAAAGACUGUGUCUUCCGAUGAGGAAUCUGAAGCCAAACUGUCCGACGCAGAAAGCGAACCACCGCCAAAGAAGCUAGUGCGACGCUUGAAGAAGGUUGUGGCAGAAGACUCGGACGAGGAGGAAGAUGUGACACCCCAACAAGCGACAAAGAAGACAAAGAAGGUCGUCAAGGACGAUGAGAGUGAAGAGGAAGCAGCGUCAGUAAAGGAGCCAAGCACUCCACCUCCGGACACGAGUGGCAACAAGUCAGAUAGUGAGAUGUCGGUUCUACUCGACGACUCGCCACCGAAGAACAAGCGACAGAAGAAGGAACCAGCAGCAAGGACAAAGAAGGAGGCUAAGCCUGCAAAGGCCGUGGCAAAGCCCAAAGGUGAGGAGGAUCCGGACACAGCCGAGAUCAAGCGACUACAAGGCUGGUUAGUCAAAUGUGGCAUAAGGAAGGUCUGGUUCAAGGAGCUGGCUACUUGCGACACGUCUAAGGAGAAGGUCAAGCAUCUGAAAGCAAUGCUAAAAGACGCUGGGAUGGAUGGCAAGUACUCCGUUGAAAAGGCAGCCAAAAUCAAGGAGGAGCGAGAGUUUGCCAAAGACUUAGCAGCCAUCCAGGAAGGCGAAGCUGCGUGGGGGAAAGUAGGCGAAGAGAGCAGUGGGCGACCUCGACGUAGAGCGGCGGCUGCGGCGGCAAGUCGAACAGUGCAAAAGGUCGUACUUGAGGGUGACGACGAGGAAGAUGAAGAAGACGAGGGCGAUGGAGAGGAAGAGAAUGACUCCAACGACGAUGGUGAUGAGGAUGAUGACGUUCAAGGCGAGUCGCAAGACGACGAUGGUCAGAGCGAGAGCGAUGCUGCAGACGACUCUGAAUGAUUUCGCUCAACUUUUGGAAGCUUGUAGUUUUAAUCUCGAUACCCCAUCAAAAGUUAGCAUAUAUGAUAUUAUCAU